AUGCUAGCCUUUCUGGGGUCCCUGCUGGCACUGUCCGUAACCGUCCCUCUUUUGGUAUUCAUGGCUGCUCCUUACAUCAGGAAGUACAUUGCAGGAGGAGUGUGCAAGUCUACAGUGAAGCUGAAUGGAAAAGUGGCUGUGAUCACUGGAGGCAGUACCGGCAUAGGGAAGGAAACUGCCAAAGAUCUUGCAAGAAGAGGUGCCCGAAUCAUCCUUGCUUGCAGAGACAUGGCGAAAGGAGAAGCAGCGGCCUGUGAAAUCCAAACCUCAACUGGGAACCAGCAAGUUAUUGUGAAGAAGUUAGACUUGGCAGACACCAAGUCUAUUAGGGAAUUUGCGGAGAAUUUCCUAAAAGAAGAGAACGAGUUACACAUCCUCAUUAACAAUGCAGGGGUGAUGAUGUGCCCCUACUCCAAGACGGCCGAUGGCUUUGAGAUGCACAUGGGAGUCAAUCACUUGGGGCACUUCCUUUUAACGUUUCUAUUGCUAGAGCGCCUGAAGCAAUCUGCUCCAGCUCGCAUUGUGAACGUGUCAUCACUGGCUCAUCAUGGUGGGAAGAUUCGUUUCCAUGACCUCCAGAGUGAGAAAAGCUACAACCGGACCCUGGCCUACUGCCAUAGCAAACUGGCCAAUAUUCUGUUUACCCGGGAAUUGGCCAAACGCCUGCAAGGUACUGGUGUCACUGUAAAUGCUCUGCAUCCGGGCUCUGUACAGACUGAAUUGACCCGUCAUGUACCUCUAGUGGAUAUUAUCUGGAGGAAGAUAACUUUCUUCUUGAAGACACCACAAGAAGGAGCCCAGACCAGUGUGUAUUGUGCAGUGGCAGAGGAGCUGGAGUCAGUGAGUGGGAAGUAUUUCAGUGACUGCCAACCAGCAUAUGUCUCAGCUCAAGGCCGUAAUGAAGAAACAGCUAAGCAACUUUGGAAAGUCAGCUGUGAACUCUUAGGCAUCAAGUGGGACUGAAUGAUGAGGGAUCUUUUGUUGUAGCUGCGUGUUGCCACUAAGGUAUUUGCUGUGAAAACAGGAACUGAGAACCCCCCAGCAUUGUCAUCUGAUGCAAGCAAUCCAAAGUGUAAAUGAAGGAUUAGUUUUCAACUUAGUUUCAUACACACUUAAUCGUGUAACAGGGGAUAUGCAUUUUCUAACUUGAG